AUGUCUAUAAUUCCACACUUUUUCGACGAGAGACCUCUAAGACUCAUGGAAAGGGAAAUAUUUUCGCCAAGCAUGAUCCCGAACUUCCACCAGACACUCGUUCCUCAUAAUUUCUUGCGGAAUUCUCCAUUCCGGCAAUGGGAAGAUAUGUACAGACAGAUGGAGCAGCUUACGUCUGUUAUGAAUCAAAUGGCGAUGGAAGGUACCAAGAUAUCUUCAGAUUCAGAGAAGUUCCAGGUCAAUGUAGACGUCCAACACUUUGCCCCUGAGGAAAUUUCAGUGAAGGUCGUCGACAAACAUGUUACUGUUGAAGGCAAGCACGAAGAGAAGCAGGACGAACAUGGCUACGUUUCCCGGCGGUUCAUCCGUAGAUAUCCUUUACCUCAAGGAUGUUUACCAGACACUGUGCAGUCUAAAUUAUCCACUGAUGGUGUAUUAACAAUCACAGCUCCAAAGGUCUUGGCUAUGCCUUCAACUGGCGAAAGAAUUGUACCAAUCACACCAACGGGACCCAUCAAAAAACAAAUUGGAUCACCUAAUGAUGAACCAUCGAAGGUUGAAGAAAAUUAA